AGAUAAUUUUGUUCUCAAACUGAAAGACGUCCCGAUUUUUAUGACUCUUUUAUGACACAUUAUUGUUUACAAGUUGCAAUCUCCCCAAAUCAGAUUUCGUGAACGAUUUAUUCAGUUAAUGUAGCUUGCUGUGUUUACUGAGCUUUGCGAAAUGAAAUCAAACUUUGAGCUCCUUUGCGACGGCAAAAAAAUAGAAAACUGUGAAUCGAGCUAUCAUAGUCCUGCAACUGUCACAAAUGUUCAUUUGAACCGCAGAAGCUUAAUAAAAUAAAGGCACUUGUCUUGUCAACCUUUCAGUGGUAAUAACACUCCCAACAAAUUGCUUUCAUUUAGUUAAUUUAAAAGGCCUCCACAAGGAUGACGUAACAGUCUCCUUCAUCUAAGAAACAGUCUUUCUUUAUGCGUGAAGGCGUUUAAUUAAUGUUUGCAUCUGGGUGAAGAGGCAUGACAAGAACCAUUCUUUCAGGCUGAAACGCUUUCUCCCUGUCACAAGCGAAGAGCGAACAGACAAAACAAAUGAGCUUUCGUUUCUUGAACCAGAGUUUAUUACUACGCGCUUAAAGUAAAGAUUUAAAAAAAGUACUUAACAGUUUUACAAGGUCGCGGGCCUCUGAAAGUCAGCCACACAUUGACAUGCUACGUCAACAUGCGUCGAGUGGUCGUCUGCUUUCGUACCGGAAACUCUUGUUGCAGAUUACAGAUUGCAAGUAAAAUGUUUUCUUCCAAAUCUUGCAUCCCAACACUUCGUAAUUACCAAAUCGAAAACAAAAACAAAAAUGCAUGCAACAUGAAAAGAAGUUUAAUUUUGUUAAAGGUAACUCUAAACUUCACAAAAGGUGUUCGAUACAAUAUGUUGCUGGAACAGAAGGAAGGCUGACAAGUCGAGAGUCAGGUAGCGUCUAUAUCUAUACCACAGCUCAGAUGGCGGAUGAUCCUAGGGCAAAAUCGAUCAACAAGCACUGAUUAUCUCCAUAGAUCUGGCAUUAAGAAAACAUUGCCAUAUUGAUUCUCAAUGCUACUUAGUUAUUGUUAGCGAUUGAAAUGGACGUGUAAUUAAAAACAACAAAGGAAAUCACAAAAAACAAACCCUUUAAUUUCUGACUGUUCGAUCUGUAUCGUAAAGGAUGAUUUUGGUUUACCAUAUGUUGCCAACGUUAACAAUGGACAAAGGGACUUGAGAUCUCAGAUAAAAUGACAAAAAUAAGCUGUUAAAUCGUAAAAAUAACCUGUGUGCUAACCAAUGUUUGUGAUGGAACCUGAUCUAAAGCCAGGGUAAUAGGUGGGUUUUAGCGUUUUUGGUAACUAGCGACUCGUACAAAGACAGAAGAAAAAGAAGCUAGUUGACACUUGAUCAAUGCGUCGUGUUCUUUUUUAAUGUGAUAGAAAAGGUUCUAAACGCCCCCAUCUCGUCGACAUUUACUGAUAACUAGCCUGGCCGGAGACAGCUCAGGUGGAUUUUUUUUUAAAUUUAAAGUUUCAUUUCGGUGACAUGAAAUCCGCAGCAACGAUUCAGUGCGUCGCGCUUAAAGAAUGUGGAGACGAUUUUCAAUUCAAGCGAAUCUUCUGCGUACAGAGAAAAUUCCAAAGCCGCAGAAACAGAGGACUGUGAUCUGGAAAGAUAUGACAGCUUAGCUGAACUUCCCGAGGAAGGAGAUCUCUAUCAGGAGUUUCUCGAAGAAACAAUGCUUCCAAUCUUGGAAUUUAUUGAUGAAAAUAUAAUUGGAGGCAAGACAAGAUUUGAAGGGCCUUACGGCGAAAGAAGAGUUAUUUACUGCGAUUACACGGCUUCAGGCAAACCUCUCAGUUGCAUUGAAAACUACAUUCGGGACUAUGUGUACCCCUUUUACGCCAACACUCAUACAACAACAAGUGUGACGUCACGGCAGACGACAACUUUCAGACAGGAGGCACGGGAUAUCAUCAAACAAUGCGUAAACGCUGGAAAAGACGAUGUGGUUGUGUUCACAGGAAGCGGAACGACGGGGGCCAUCCACAAAUUAAUCCACGCUCUACAAUUAACAGGAAAAGUAGUGGAAAAAUCUGUUGUGUUUGUUGGGCCAUUUGAACACCACUCAAAUAUCUUACCUUGGAAAGAAACAGGAACAAAGAAAUACCGUUUAGCAGAGUACAACAUGUACGUGGCGUUUUCAGCAGCUUCAAAUGUGACUGGAAUCCUGACAGACACUGUGGCUGUAGCUGAACUGUGUCACAAAUAUGGCGCCUUAUCUUUCUGGGAUUAUGCCACAGCCGGUCCGUACCUCAACAUCGACAUGAACCCAACACAGAAUGGCUACAAAGAUGCUGUUUUCCUUUCCCCUCACAAGUUUGUUGGGGGACCUGGGACUCCUGGUUUGCUUAUCGCCAAAAAGAAACUCUUCCGAAAUCCCGUGCCCGGCGGAUGUGGCGGCGGGACAGUUAUCUUUGUGACACGUGACACGCAUUUGUAUCUAAAAGACAUCGAAGAAAGAGAAGAAGGUGGAACACCAGCUAUUGUGGAGUCAAUACGGGCUGGUAUGGUCUUCCAACUUAAACAGGCUGUUGGAGACCGUGUUAUUGAAGAAAGAGAAGACGAAUUAUGCAGACAUGCCUUUCAAGUAUGGCACAAAAAUCCAAACAUUACUAUUUUGGGGAACCACAGGGCUCGUCGUCUGCCGAUAUUUUCUAUGCUAAUUCAUCAUCAGGACAGCGGAAAGUUCUUACAUCAUAACUUUGUUUCUGUGCUGCUGAAUGAUCUCUAUGGCAUCCAGGCUCGAGGAGGAUGCGCAUGCGCAGGACCCUACGCACAGGAUCUUCUGGGAAUAAACGAGACCAUAGCAAGGAAAUUUACAUGGUUUCUUGAAUCUCACGAGAAUGAAGAUGUAGAGGUAUCAUGUAAGGAACCUUUGGAAGUAAUGAAACCAGGCUUUGCUAGAAUCAAUCUCCCUUACUUCAUGGAUGACGUAACAGUUCACUUUGUGUUAGAAGCAGUCGACAUGGUAGCCACACAUGGCUGGAAAUUACUACCACAGUACCGGUUUGAUCCACACACGGGGGCCUGGGAAAACAGAUAUUUCACUGAGAAAAAAACGAGUCCUCUCUACAGUCUUCAUGACGUCAUUUAUGACGAAAUUGGACUCGUUAUAACAAACAGCACGGGAAGACCCCACGAUUAUGACAUCAAACUUGACGAAAUCGCCCAGUCUGCAAGUAGAGUCUUGAAAGAGGCGGUUGAGUUAAAUAAGGAAAUUAACACUAAUGACGACAAAAAAGUCGAAUUCAACGACGAUAAAAACCAGUUGAUUUGGUUUUUGCAACCUCAGGAAGCACAGUUCUACCUGGCCGCUGGAACUUUGAAGCACAAACCCCAAACAUUUGUAAGGACAAAGCUUCCAUUUAAACCUCGAAGAACAUCGAGGGUGACAAGAGCGAAUUGGCCACAAAUUUAUGAAAUUCAAGAAUAUCUGAGUCGAUUGAGAGCAUUUGGAGUUGGAAUGGAAGGCUUGGCUAAGAAACCUGAUGCAAACAAUAAUAUUGUUGAAGUCAAAAGAAUGGAAGAACACAAGACAGUCAAAAGCCCGCGAGAGGCGUGGAAAUCGGCAGAGAGCAAGUCUGAAGAAAUUAAUAAGAAUAUCAAAAAACGAAGCAAAAUUUGUUCUGUUCAGUAGCAGUAAUGUCCUGCUGAAAACUGGAAAAGGCUAUUUAUGAUUUGUUUUAAUGCAGCGUUUUCAGAAAAGGUGUAAAAUGUAAGUAAAUACGGUGUAAAACGAUGGUGUAAAAUGUAAGUAAAACUCACUUUCAUGGAAGACAUGAGAAUACAAUUUGAAAUGGAGAAGAAAGGCGCUCAGAAAUAGUCCAUGUGCAAAGGUUGUAAAUUUCAAAUACAUCGUUUGAAGAAGACUUUUUUUCCCGUCUCCUCAUAAAGUUGGCGUUAUGUAGAAUGACGUCAGCAAACGCCGCUCCAGACAUGUUCUCAUUCGUUCAUAUCUUCCACGUCCAUUGCAAAUCACUGAAAAAAAAUGAAUUUGAUUGACUCUUACUCUAAAGAGGUUAUUAAAGGAUUCCACUUGAAUUCAAUGGAAAGUUAAAAAGUUGUUGCUGUGUUGUUGUUGUCAAUUAAUGAAUGACCUUCACUUUGUAAAUAAUUGUUAUAUAGUGUAUAUUUGUAAUAUAGUGUCGUCUUAAGAUUCCCUAUGGGUAUAAAACAUAGCAUGUGUCAAAUCAGUCAGUCAGUCAGUCAGUCAGUCAGCCAGUCAGUCAGUCAGUCAGUCAGUCAGUCGGUCAGCCAG